GGCCGCCUGACCCUGCCCCCGCCCCGGGCGCCCGGGGCCGCACCUUCUAGGGACAGGGAAAGGGGUACAAAGGGCUAGUUUUCCGGGCCUGGUUCAAAAGAUCGAGCAGGGUGGGGGAGCCCCCGCAGCACCACACACAGUGGGGUGCAGGAGGAGGAGGCGGAGCUUAUGGCAGUUGGGGCGGGGCAGGAGAGAGGGAGGAGCUUGUUGGGGCGGGGCCUAGAGUAGGGAGGGAGGGAUUUUGUGGAAGGGUAGAGACUGGUUAGGAAAUGGGUGAGGUUUAUGCAAAGGGUAGGGCCUGGUAAAGAGGCUUGGAUUAUAUACCGUGGGUGAAGGGGCCUAGGUUGAAAAAUUGAAGAAACUUGUUAAGGUUAGUGGAAAAAUGGGGUGCAGGAAGACAAGAGAGGCCCAGAAUAUGAUGUGGAGUUUGCCUAAGGUGUGGCUUAGAGAAAAAGUUGCCAUGGCAAGGGUGCCCGAUGGAAAUAUGCAAUUUUGAGAGUAUUAGUGGAACUAUCAGGUCUUUAUCAUGAAGGUGAAAGCAGGCUAAGGACGGAGGUGAUAGAAAAAUGUGCCGGGCAGUGAUGGCGCACAUCGUUAAUCCCAGCACUCCGGAGGCAGGGGCAGAUGUAUCUCUGUGAGUUCGAGGACAGCCUAGUCUACAGAAGAAAGCCCCAAGCCACCCUGGACCUGCCACCAUGGAUGAGUCCUCGCUGCCUGUGGUUCCAGCCCCUAUUGCUGCUCCAGGGCCAGCACCAUCUGCCGCUGCCCCUCGGGUGCCCUUUCACUGCAGCGAAUGUGGCAAGAGCUUCCGUUACCGAUCGGACCUGCGGCGCCACUUUGCUCGGCAUACAGCGCUCAAGCCCCACGCAUGCCCUCGCUGUGGCAAGGGCUUCAAGCAUAGCUUCAACUUAGCUAACCACCUGCGCUCACACACCGGAGAGCGGCCCUACCGAUGCUCCGCCUGCCCUAAGGGAUUCCGAGACUCCACUGGCCUGCUGCACCACCAGGUCGUCCACACUGGCGAGAAGCCCUACUGCUGUUUGGUCUGCGAGCUCCGCUUCUCCUCUCGCUCCAGCCUGGGCCGCCACCUCAAGCGGCAGCACCGGGGCGUCCUUCCGUCUCCCCUGCAGCCAAGCCCAGGCCUGCCUCCCCUGAACUCCCCCUGCUCAGUGUGUUGCAACGUGGGUCCCUGUACGGUUUGUGGAGGUGGAGGGGCUGGCGGAGGAGAGGGCUUGGAGGGAGCAGGAGCAACCAGCUGGGGACUAGCAGAGGCCGCAGCUGCUGCAGCUGCCUCGCUGCCCCCGUUUGCGUGUGGCGCCUGUGCCCGUCGCUUUGACCACGGCCGGGAGCUAGCUGCCCACUGGGCCGCGCACACUGAUGUGAAGCCAUUCAAGUGCCCACGCUGCGAGCGCGACUUCAACGCGCCCGCGCUGCUGGAACGCCAUAAGCUUACUCACGACCUGCAGGGGAGCAAUGCACCCCCAACGCAGGUCUGGUCCUCGGGUGGGGGUCCAGAGGUGGCAGGAGAUGGCGAUGCAGUGGAGGUAGGGGAUGCCCCGCCGACCUGGGACGCCGGGCUACUUCUAAGCCCAACCGGAGCAGGCAUCCCCAAGCUGGAGGCACUGCUCCCUGAGGGUGAAGGUGCAGAGAAUGCUCAGGCUCCGGCUGCAGCAGCCGAGGCAUCCUCGGAAGACACACUGUACCAGUGCGACUGCGGGACCUUCUUCGCGUCUGCCCCAGCCUUGGCCAGUCACCUAGAAGCCCACUCGGGCCCAGCCACCUAUGGCUGCGGCCACUGCGGAGCAUUGUAUGCAGCUCUGGCCGCUCUGGAGGAGCAUCGGCGUGCCAGCCACGGUGAGGGCAGUGGGGAGGUGGCCCCUGAUGGCGAGGGCGAGCAGGCGACUGGAGGGCCGGGGCCCGGCUCCUCCAGCCGUGGCAAGAAAAUCUUUGGCUGUUCAGAAUGCGAGAAGUUGUUCCGUUCGCCUCGCGACCUGGAACGGCAUGUUCUGGUCCACACAGGGGAGAAGCCGUUCCCGUGCCUAGAGUGUGGCAAGUUCUUCCGCCACGAGUGCUACCUCAAGCGCCACCGACUGCUGCAUGGCACAGAGCGGCCCUUUCCCUGCCACAUCUGUGGCAAGGGCUUUAUCACACUCAGCAAUCUCUCUAGGCACCUGAAGCUGCACAGGGGUAUGGACUGAAUAGCCAGGCCACCCCGACCUCUACAAGUCCAGAGCCAGAUCAUAAUAAGAUGAGGCCCUUGCCUGGAAAAAUGGUGCCACUCAGAACUCACACAGGACCACAGUGAAGCAUCCUUCAGCAAAGGGGUCCAAGGACAUAAUUGUUAGGGACUGAAAUCUACAGAGAGACUCUUGACUUUGAGACCCCUGGAAUGUGGGCAUGCUCAGAUCAACUGGCCUCCGCCACUGAGACCUGAGAAUGAAAAACGGGUCUCCACUAACACCUCUCAGCAGUUCACAUGUGGGUACCCUCACGGUCCUACCACCCUGAGAGCCAUCAUUCCCAACGACCUUUAUCUGGGGGAUGGGGGCAACAUCUUGGAAUCUUCAGGAUCCCCUCCAGAUGACACCCACCAGCCACUCACUGGUAGCCCCAGAAAAUGAGUAUAGCCAGAAUCUGCCUUUCCCCAUUUUGCUUCCUAUGCUGAAAGAGGACCAGGGUAGAUGCCCCCACCUUCAGUUAACCUCCUCAGAUUAGGUCUCCCUUCCUGCAGAAUGGUCUGACCCUACUCAUCGUCCCCCAUCCGAACACUAGCUUAGACUGGCCCAAAGUCUCCCUGCCCUGUAGGUUGGAUUGACCCAGAUACACAUACUCCUGUGCACUUGCAAUGGGCUGGUGCAGGCUGUGGCCUGACUCCUCUCUCCUUAGAGUAAUAGGGCAGACAUUUCCUAUUUUCUAGAGCACAGUCCUCUGUCCAAGGUCGUCCCAAUCCUGUGACCUGGUAGAGGUGGUAGACAUUGGGGUUUCCCUCCCCCUCAACUGUAGUACCUGUCAGUCUUUCCGUCACUACCACCUUGUCUCUGUGUUCUAACCCCAAGAGGAAAGGGGGACUUGGCUAGGGGUUUCUCCCCCGUGAGCCUCAACCUCACCCCCUGGUCUCCCCAGUGUCUCUGGGACUCCAAUAAACCUCAUUC